AUGGCAACUAAGAAACCAUGCGCGGAUUUAACAAAAAGGAGCCGAAGUCCCGUCGUGUUGGAGGCAGAGAUGUUCAGCGAAUUUCAGGACUGGUGUCUCCGGACUUACGGGGACUCGGGUAAAACAAAGACCGUCACCCGUCGAAAAUACAACAAAAUUAUGCAGACCCUGCUUCAAAACGAGGAGUCCGACGGUGUAUAUGUCGACAAUAGCCACAUCAACGCCAAAUUUAAAUUCUGGGUGAAGUCCAAAGGGUUCCAGGUCGGCAGCAACAUCUUGGGCGAGCACAACAAGAAAGAGCCAUCGGGGAAGCCCAUCCUGUACGUCCCUGUCAAGUCUACGUGUUCAGAUGGCGGGGCAACACAAGACAGUUCUUUGAAGCGGGUUGCUGUGGUGGAAGAUUUUUUUGAUAUCAUCUAUGCUAUGCACGUGGAGAUGGGGGCGGAUCCUGGUAGAGCACCCAAACAUGCCGGCCAGAAGAAGACCUACAAGGCGAUUGCGGAGACCUACGCAUUUCUUCCACGUGAGGCAGUGACCCGUUUCCUGAUGAGUUGUGGGGAAUGCCAGAAAAGGAUGCACAUUAAAUCCUGCACGGCAGAGUUCAAAGAGAAUGACCGUCCUACCUCCUUGGUGCCAGACCUCAUUGAUUACAACAUGCCUCUCACUGCCACCUAUCUAAAACAAAUGAAACUACAGUGCAUGACUACCAAUGAGCAGGAUGAGAGUUCGGUAAGCAGUGAGGAUUUGGAAAUGGCUGAGCCUGCGUGGGUCUCUACUGAACGUGCUCCAGCUCUAGAGCCUAGCAGCCCCACCGCCCCUUACAAGGAGAGGAUGCCUACACCUCCACAAGCCAACAUUAAAGAGGAGGAAGACGAUUCCUUUUCAGGGAAUGGCUGCACAGCUAACUGCCUCCCUGCACUGACUCCGCCUGGUGGUGCUGCCAUGGCGACAGGAGGAGUUCCUGCAUCUGAGGGGGUGGUUCCAUAUGGAGAGGUGAACAGUAACGGUGCAACAGCACCGCUGGACUUCAGCACCUCUUCAUCAUCACAGGAGGGACAACAGCCCGUUAACCUGAGUGACAGGCUGUUACCCGGAGUGACGAUCAGAUCCUACACACCUGACCCCAACAGAAAAUUCCCUGUCAAAACUGAGUACAAUAACAAGUCCCCUCAGUACAGCUCAGGAAGCUAUGACUCGGUGAAGACAGAACUGAGCAUGUGCGGGGUGGAUAUGAACCCAGGUAGCUCUCAGGUCAUAGACGAUGAUGACGAUGAUCGUGAUGACCAUGAUGACAGUGACAAGAUAAAUGAUGCAGAGGGCAUGGACCCUGAAAGACUUAAAGCUUUUAACAUGUUUGUGCGGUUGUUUGUGGAUGAGAAUUUGGACCGAAUGGUUCCGAUCUCAAAGCAGCCCAAAGAGAAAAUCCAGGCCAUCAUUGAGUCCUGCAGCCGCCAGUUCCCAGAGUUCCAAGAACGUGCUCGCAAACGUAUCCGAACCUACCUCAAAUCCUGUCGCCGCAUGAAGAAGGGUGGCUUUGAGACACGGCCCACACCCCCCCACCUUACCUCUGCCAUGGCUGAGAACAUUCUUGCAGCUGCAUGUGAGAGUGAAACACACAAUGCUGCAAAGAGGAUGCGCCUUGACGUCUACCAGGCCCAUGAUGAGUCACUUACUGCAGACAAGCCCAACUCCAGAGAUCCGGCUGCCCUGGCUAAUUCAGGCUUCUCACUGGCUGCCUCAGCCUACUCCCAGGACCAACUUUACACCAAUGGUGGACUUAAUUACAAUUUCCGUGGAUAUGGGAUCCAAAACAAUGGUACACCACAAACCAAUGGUCCCACUGAUCUCAGUAUGAAAUCUCUGGCAUCCAACAUCUCCACCUCAUCCUCCAGUUCAAAUAGUCAUGGUCAAGGUGGAGGGGGCGGGGGGGCAUCAGCCCAACUCAGUCCACCUGAGGUCACAGCUGUUCGGCAGCUGAUUGCAGGCUACCGCGAAUCUGCAGCAUUCCUGCUCCGCUCCGCAGAUGAGCUUGAGAACCUCAUACUGCAGCAGAACUGAGAACUGCCCACGGUCUUGUGCUGCCUGUCACUCUCUCUCACACCCACAUACAUGUAGACUCAUGCACACACAUAUAUGUGCAUGCAAACAAUGACAGGAAAGAUACAUGUAGCUAUGUGCACUUACCUAUCACACAUGGCUCAUGACAGCUUUAUGGCCAUGAUAGUGUAUUGUCAAAUUUCCUUACCAUUGAUUCUCAUUCCAGAAGAGCUGAAUGAUUUUUGGGGAACUGAGAUGCCUUGUUGAGCAUCAUUUUAAAAUGAGGCUUUAUUAUCAGAGAAAGCAACACAAAGCAACAGGUGUCUGAACUCAUGGUAACAUAAAAAUUGUCUUACAAUUGCUCAGUGAGAGCUAUCGUACAGUGAUGUCAUCUCCAGUCUAAAGUUUAGACCAGAUUACCAUAGAUUCCUGAGUUAUAGUCUUAAUGUUUUCAUUCAAUUUGAAUAGUUCUUUUAACAGGUGAGCCAAAACUUACACACCUCAGUUAUUUAAAGGUGUACUCAGUAAUUUUCCUUCAUGAAGUUUUACACAUAAAGAAACUAAUAGUACUUAUGUGUUUAACUUUAUGUGAGCCACUGAGCAUCAUAUUUGCCAGCGCAACAUAAACAAAAGAUUACUGAGUGCACCUUUAAGUUCUUCUGUUACUAUAGAGAUUGACAUGCAGCAACUUUGCUCCAUAUUUAGCCAUUUAAGAUAUAGAACAUAUCCAAGAGAAAGGGUUUUUAAAGAUCUCUUCUAUCUGUU